CGCACUCCUCCUUCUCUCCGCCUCUCCUGAUUCCUCCAUCCCUCCACUUUUCUCCAAUUUCUUUUGUGCCUGAUUCGAUUGCUUUACCCUUCAACUUAUCAAAUUGACUGGGUGAAGAUUUUGAAUCCCUUUUUCUUCCUCCCCUUUUGCCCAUUGCACCAGCUCUCGCCAGGAUGCCUUUGGAAGCUCGUGUGAAAUCUGUCCUAUCCGGCGACACGGUGGUGCUGUCGCAUAUCACCAAUCCCGGCCAGGAACGCAUUCUUAGUUUGGCAUAUGUCUCAGCGCCCAGAUUGCGCAGAGAAGGCGAUGAGCCAUACGCAUUUCACUCCCGCGAAUUUCUCCGUGAACUCCUCGUCGGCAAAGUAGUGCAAUUCCAAGUCCUGUACACCAUCCCCACCGGCGCCAAGCGUGACUACGGCACGAUCAAGCUCCCCACUUUCGAGGUCUCCGUCCCUGACAUCAGCGUUCAAGAAGGUUGGGCGCGUGUUCGCGAGGAAGCCGGUAAGCGCAGCGACGAGUCUGAGGAAACCCUUGCCUACCUCGAGCGCCUGCGUGCUCUGGAAGACCAUGCCAGAUCUGAAGGCAAGGGAACCUGGGCUGGCUCGGACAAGGGCCAGACUGAAACGAGCUAUGAGCUGUCAGAUGCUAAGGCCCUGGUCGAUGAAUGGAAGGACAAGCACCUUGAGGGUAUCGUCGAGAGAGUUUUGAACGGCGACCGCUUGGUUUUGCGUCUGCUGCUUUCGCCGGAGGAACAUUUGCAGGUCGUUGCGGCGAUGGCAGGUGUCCGGGCGCCCGCGGCCAAGCGGGUAACUGCUGAUGGCAAGGAGCAGGCAGCCGAGCCGUACGGAGACGAGGCGUUCCAAUUUGUGGAAUCACGUAUCCUGCAACGCAAGGUUCAGGUGUCUCUGCUUGGUGUUACCCCCCAGGGUCAAUUAAUUGCCAGUGUUCUCCACCCCAAUGGUAACGUCGCCAAGUUUCUGCUCGAAGCUGGCCUGGCCCGCUGCCAUGACCACCACUCCGCCCUGCUCGGUACCGAGAUGGCAGCUUUCCGCCGCGCCGAGAAAGCUGCCAAGGAUGCCAGAGUUGGCUUGUUCACCGGUCUCGUGGCAUCCAAGGGUCCUGCAGGCGGGGCUGCGGAGGACUACACUGUUAGCCGUGUGUUGAAUGCCGAUACCCUGUUCAUCCGGAACAAGGCUGGACAGGAGAAGAAGAUCAGCUUGAGCAGUGUCAGACAGCCAAAGCCCUCCGAUCCCAAGCAAGCUCCCUUCGCUGCUGAUGCCAAGGAGUUCGUUCGCAAGAGGCUCAUUGGCAAGCACGUCAAGGUCACCGUCAACGGCAAGAAGCCCGCAACAGAGGGCUAUGAGGAACGAGACGUCGCCACUGUUGUCCAAGGCAACACUAACAUCGCUCUUGCGUUGGUUGAGGCGGGUUACGCUUCUGUAAUCCGUCACCGCCAGGACGACGAUGACCGUUCGCCUGAGUAUGACAGCCUGAUGCUCGCUGAAGCGGAGGCCCAGGCAGAGGGUAAGGGUAUGUGGUCGCCCAAGCCACCCAAGGCCAAGCAGUACCAGGAUUACUCCGAGAGUCUUCAGAAGGCCAAGAUGGAAGUUUCGAUCCUUCAGAGACAGAAGCGGGUGCCAGCCAUUGUUGACUUCGUCAAGUCCGGCUCACGCUUCACGGUGCUGGUACCUCGCGAGAACGCCAAGCUGACCCUUGUUCUUUCGGGAAUCCGUGCUCCCCGUUCUCCCCGUAAUCCCACUGAAGCUGGCGAGCCCUUCGGUCAGGAGGCGCAUGAUCUGGCCAAUAGGCGCUGCUUGCAACGCGAUGUCGAGAUCGACGUGGAGACCAUUGACAAGGUUGGUGGAUUCAUCGGUACUCUGUACGUGAACAAGGAGAACUUCACCAAGAUCCUGCUUGAGGAGGGUUUCGCUACUGUUCACGCCUACUCCGCAGAGCAGUCCGGCCACGCCACCGAAUACUUUGCUGCGGAGCAGAGGGCCAAGGAGGCUCGCAAGGGACUCUGGCACGAUUGGGAUCCUAGCAAGGAUGUCGAGGAGGAGGAGGAAGCGGUCAACAACAGCACCGGCGCUGAAACCGAGGACGUUCAACGCCGCAAGGACUACCGUGACGUGAUGGUCACCUAUGUUGACCCCACCACUGGUCGCCUUAAGCUUCAGCAGAUCGGUACCGGUACUUCGGCCCUCACCGAGUUGAUGAGUGCAUUCCGUUCUUUCCACAUCAACAAGGCCAAUGACACUCCAUUGCCCGGACCUCCCAAGGCGGGUGACUUCGUCGCUGCCAAGUUUAGCGAAGAUGGUGAAUGGUACCGUGCUAAGGUGCGUCGCAACGACCGCGAGAAGCAGCAGGCGGAGGUCCUAUACAUCGACUUUGGUAAUUCAGAGGUUCUUCCCUGGUCCCGCCUGCGACCCCUGAGUCAGCCUCAGUUCUCCGUUCAGAAGCUUCGCCCGCAGGCUGUUGAAGCCGUCCUCUCUCUGGUCCAGUUCCCCGGUUCUGAGGACUACCUGCAGGAUACUGUGAGCUUCAUCGAGGAACAAGCCUACAACCGUGAGCUUGUGGCCAACGUGGACUACGUCUCUCCCGAAGGCACCCUGCAUGUCACUCUUCUGGACCCCAGCGAGUCUAAGAAUCUGGAUCAUAGUAUCAACGCCGAUAUUGUCCGGGAGGGUUUGGCCAUGGUUCCGCGCAAGUUGAAGGCCUGGGAACGCGCUGCCGCCGACACCUUAGCGCACCUUCGUGUCAUGGAAGAGGAGGCCAAGCAGGAACGGCGCGGCAUGUGGGAGUACGGUGACCUGACUGAGGACUAAGCUCGCGGGACUUUCUUCGAUUGGAUUGACUGUACAAAUAUCGCGCAGCUGAUGCUUUUUACGUUUGAUUCCCACAGGCGAUGAAUUGUAUGGCCGGGUCUUGGUUGGGGACUGCCCGUUUCGCCUGAAAACUAUUUUGAUGUGACCUGCUAGAUUAGUCUAGGAUACCUAAAGGGGGGAAAAUUCCAUACUGAUGAUGUUGCC